GCCGCGCCGUCGACACCGGUGCCCACCGAGUCCUCGUCCUUCUGAGACCCAUGGCGCGCUGAGGGUCGACCGAGCUCCGCGAACCGCGAGCGGCCCCGAUCAGAUUCGAAGCGCUGUGCUGGCUGAGUCGGUCGUUGCCCAUUGCGAAGCGAUGCGACCAGUGAGGAGCGAUGCUUCAGUGGAGCUGCUUCCAGCGAUCAUGCCCACACACCACCUGCGGUCGACCAAGACGUCUUCGCCCGCGCGUGGGGGGUGGAGGGUGCCACAGCUGCCCUUUCUGCAGAAGGAGGUGCCAGGCUUUGAGAAGCAGCAUGUGAUCUACCUGCAGGACCCCAUGGCCAAGACCGCCUACGAGCCCCGCGGCCGCGCGGUGCGGCGCUUUCCUGGCGCCGGCCGUACGCCGCGAGGUGGUCGGCCCGAGGUGCAGGCUCCGGCGGUGAUGUCCGCGCGGGAAGUGCGCGCGAUCCCCGUGGGGCCUGAGUUCAUCACCAGCAUCACCUUCGGAAUGGAGGUCUCCCCGCGCGCGCGGUCGGAGUCGCUGGGCGCCACGAAUGCCUCGCAAGCGACGCUGCGCCUGACGAGCUCCGUCGAGCGGGGCGCCAUGGCGCGCAGCGCGCGCAGCGUGCGCAGCCGAAGCCCCAGCAACUCACAGAGCUUGUCUCCGAGUCCACGACACCACUUCCUGCGGAAGGGUGCUGGACUGGUCUCGCAGCGGCUCGUCGCCCAGCAGAACCGACAACGCUUUGGCCGUGCCAGCCACUCCCAGGACGACGAGGACCGCAGCGCCUCGCGGCCGCCGCUGCCCUUCGCCUCGGACCUGGCGAGCCCGGCGCACCAGGUGGUGCAGGUGCGCCGCAACUCGCUGCGCCGGCCCAGCGUGCCCGUCACCAUCGACCUGGGAUUGGUCGAGGAUGGGCAAAGCCUGAGCCUGAGCCUCCAGCGCACGCCCACCACGACGCGCGACGUGGGGCCGAGCCCCCCCAGCUUCGUGGACGAGCCGCGGAGCUCGCUGGGCUCGGAGGAGACAGCGCCGCAGGAGGAGGAGGUCAAGGUCCAGGAGUGGGUGAAAGAACCCGAGAAGCGUGGGAUGAACGCCUAUCAAUUCGAGGUCUUUUUUGCCAAGUUUUGUGGCGACGUGAUCUACGAAGAAUUGGAAGAGCCGCCCAAGCCGCUGUGCUUGCCCACCACCUUGUGCCAGCUCUGCGUGCAGGCCAACCGGCAGGAUCCGCAGGUGCGCGCGCGCACGAAGCGGCCCCGCGAGACGAACUUGUAUGCAGUGACCGAGCUGAUCAUCAAGCCGGAGACGUGCAAAGAGGGUGUCAGCUACUCCGAGCUGAUCAAUCCUCGUGGCUUGCAGGUGGACUACUUCAUCAGUCAUCACUGGGCAGAAGAUUUUGGGGAGUUUGUCCAGAGCGUUCUGAGACAUGCCAUCAUCGCGGCGCCCGAACUGGGCGGCAAGUGGAAGGAUGUGGUGUACUGGUGUUGUGCCUUUGCCAACAAUCAACAUCAAAUUGAACUAGGAGAGACCUUGCAGAAGAGCCCCUUCUACCAAGCCUUAAACUCCAAGAACUGCAAAGGCACCGUCAUGAACUUGAAUCAGGCGGCGACGGCCCUGGAUCGGAUUUGGUGCAUCUACGAGGUCUACCUCACCCACAGCUUGGAGAAGCCCUUCACCUUGAACUUCCGCCUGGGGCCGCUGGUGGGAGUGGUCCAAGAGACCAAGGAGAAGGACUCCUGGGUCUUCCACAUCUUCAAGAUGCUGCAGCACAUUGAUGUUGGACAAGCCGAUGCCACCAAUCCCGACGAUUACAACAAGAUCAUGGGCGAGAUCGAGAACUUCCGCAGCCGCGAGGGCACCGGCCCCAAGGCACUGAACCGAAUCGUGAAGGCCAUGCUGGGCUCCCAGGCGAUCUUCACCCUGGCACGGCGGGGCGAUCUGCAGGCGGUGAAGCGAGCGCUGGAGCUGGAUGCGGAUCCCAACAUCCCCGACACCCUCGGCAUCCGGCCCUUGACCUACGCCGCGGGCAACGGCCACGAGGAGGUGUGCCACGCGCUCAUCGCGGGCAGCGCGGACGUGCGCGCGCAGGUGGGCGCUCUGGAGGUCUUGGGCAUGUUCUCCCCCCAGCGCGGCGAGCGACGCCGCUGCAUCGAACAUGUGCGUGUGUUGGACGAAGAGAGAACAGAAGGCUUUCACAGCGCGGCCAUCAGCAAGGCCCUGCUGCAGCACACCACCAGCCGCUGCCAGGACUUGACCUCGGCACUGGACGCCGACAACGCGGAGUUGCGCCUGGAGGUGGUCCGCGAGCUGCGGCUCCUAUUGCAUGCUUUGGUGGAUCAUAGCAUGAAGCUCUUGCAAGGGGGGCAAGCUGGUGCGGGGGAGGACGAGCGACAGGCCAUCAGUAAGCACUCGCAGUCCUUGGCGCCGUAUCUGGCCGACCCUGAUGCACGGGUGCGCUUGGCCGUGGUCGAGGCGGUGACGAGCAUCGGCAACUUCGAUCUACACACCUUGAAGGUGCCAAAGAGCAUCAUCCAGGAGGACAACUUGCAUGCCAUUGUGGAUGAAGACAUGGGCCAAAACAUCGUUCACUUUGCGGCGUCACAGACCUGUCCCAAUGCGCUCUACAUGUUGGCCACCGGCGUGGACUGGGCCGUCGAGCCGCGGGCGCUGCGCGCGGAGGAUGCGGAGGGGCGGAACGUGGCACACCUGGCGGUGGAGAAGGGGCACAUGGAGUGCCUGGCAAUGAUGGUGGGCGACAAGAAGCUGCCACGUGCAGCGCUCACGCAUCAAGAUCAUCUAGGCCGCACGCCCGUGCACUACGCGGCGCUGCGCGGCGACGCCGCCACGCUGCGCGCCUUCGCGGAUCUGGGGAACCUCACCACGGCGGAGCUGUCCGUGGGCGACAACUCGGGGAGUUGGCCACAGCAUGUGGCGGCCGCCCGUGGAUAUGGGCGCUUUCUGGGCGUGCUGGUGAACGACUGCGCCUUCCCGGAGGAUCUCCUCUCCCAGCCCGACGGGGAUGGGCGUACGGUGGCGCACCUGGCGGUGGCGCGGGGAGAUCAGGAUGUGAACCUUUUGAGGUAUUUGGUGGAGACCUGCCGAAUGCCCAAGAGUGUCCUGCACAUCGCCGACACCUGGCACCGGACUCCAGCACACGAUGCAGCCUUUGCAGAUGCGCCCGAGAUGCUGAGCCUGCUGCAGGACUAUGGCGCUCCGCUGCACAUGCCUAUGGGCCCCGGCGAGCCGCAGAUCGGUGCAGUGGCCAUUGUGAACCAAAGCAGCGAGGUGGUGGCCUACUUGGGAAACAGUUAUCGCAUUGGACGAGUGCACUAUGUGGAUCGCCAUCAGAAGAUGCGUUUCGAGUACGAGAAAGGGACGAAAGACCUGGAGACCGUGGAAGUGGAGCGCUGCGAGUUGGCGCCCACGCCAUUGGUCCUGGCAGAGAAGCUGGGGCGGAAGAAGGCCCAACAGUUCCUUUCGAACGCCUGGGAGCCCAUUGCCAAUCUCAGUGGCAUCAGCAAGGAGGACAUCAUGUCACAAGCGCGUCGUGGCGCGCUGCCCGCGGGAGUUCUGGUGUCUCAGGGUGCGUUGAGCGCUGUGCAGAAGUUCCUGGAGAAAGGCUACCUGUCGGCGGCGGACCUGUCGAAGCGCGACGCCAUGGGCUGCAGCUGCUUGCAUCGGGCGGCCAGCACCGGAGUGCCAGAGGCGGUGUGUGCGGUGGUGGAACUGGGGAAGUUCCAAGCAGAGGACUUCCUGGCCGCAGACGCCCAGGGCUGGACGGUGCUGCAUCAUGCUGCUCGUUCGGGCAAGGGCGCCUGCGUGGAGGUGGUUUUGCUGCAGUGUCACUUGCCUCAGGAGGCGCUGGGCGCGCCCGACCUCUGGGGUCGCAGUCCUGUGCACCUGGCGGCGGACGCCGACGCCACCGAGGUGCUGCAGGCUCUGGCCAAGCACCUCGCGCCCAUGCACGCGACGAUGGGACGUCCGGUGUUGGAAGAUGGCUUGAUCACCCUGGUGCAGCCCCGAGAGAUGUAUGGCUUGAGCACUGGCCGCUCCAGAGGCAACAUCCCAGAGGUGCGCAAGGGCACCUCCUUUGCACACAUCAAGAGCUUAGGCGGCUCCUCACAGGUCGUGGACGAGGAUUCCGAGGAUGAAGGGCUCUUCAGCGUGGGACGGGUGAUUCAAGUCUUCAACAACCACCAGGUGCACAUCAAGCACGAGAGCGGUUUCCGCGAGGGCUACGUGGAGUUGGAGCGCUGUACCUUCAGCCCGACGCCCAUCGUCUUGGCAGAGAGGCGGGGCCGCUUUCAAGCCGUUCAGACCUUGAUCGAGGUGGCCUGGAAGCCCUUCGUGGACUCGGUGGCCUCCUUCGCCAUGAGCCAAAACUGGGAGUGGGAGGACUUGGAAGAAGACAUGCGCAGUGAAGCUCUACGUGGCGCGCUGCCCGUGGGCGCGCUGGUCGCCACCAAGUCGGAGGAACUGCCCUGGUUGCUGAAGGAGCUCAUCCAGGCGGAGGUGAUCGCUGCGGAGGAUCUGCUGCUUCAGGACAUGCGCGGCCGCUCGGCGCUGCACCGCGCGGCCGCCAGCGGGCAAGCGGAUGUGCUCUUCGCCGUAAAGGAGUUGGCCAGAGCCUCCAAUGAGCAUCUGGAGAUCAGCGACAUUCAGGGGCACAAUCUCCUACACCAUGCUGUGCUCAGUGGUGAUGGAGACACGGUCCGCUUGGCCGCGCGGAUGCUGCCCAUGCGGACCCCCGAAGAGCUGGCUGCAGGGGAUAUGUGGCAUCUGACGCCCGUGCACCUGGCAGCAACGAUCAACAGCUUGGAGGCGAUUAAGGCGCUCAUGGAGUUGGGUUUGCCCGUGGACAAGCCUUCAGGCCCCACGAAGUUCGACAUCGGCGCCGUGGUGCUGGUGCAGCCGAAGAAGAUCGACCUCCGCGAGGGCGACCAGGACCAGGAAGCACAUCCCUGGCAGCUGGGCAUGGUUCGGGCAGUCACCGGCAGCGAUUUGACGGUGAAGUUCCCCCAUGGCGGCAAGGAGACGAAGGGCAUCGCCUUCGAGCGCUGCGAAGUGGCGCCCACGCCGCAAGUCCUGGCCGAGAAGCUUCUGAAGCACGAUGUGGCGCUGAAGCUGCGCGAGGUGAACGACGCCUUCAACAACACCUUGAAGAAGAAGCUCGGAGCAUCAGGUGGAAGCAAGUUUGCACAAGCGGCCCAAGCGGCCUCCGGAGCGUCGGGGGUAGUGUCUCUCAUGAGACACUCCAAGGUGGUGGGCAUGGAGAAGGAGGGCCCCAAGUUGAAGUUGGAUGGACCCAAGUUGGGUCGCGCCAAGUCCAACGAGGCUCCCAGCUCACCGAAGAACGGACCCAAGAGGCCACGCGAGAAGGCCGCCGCGGCGCCCGCCUCCACGGCGCGGCGGCGCUUCCGGGGGGCGGCAAUGAGCGUGGUGGCCAAUCUUCGCCUGGCACGACCGAGCUAGCCGCGGAAACCGAAGGGCUCGGCCUGGAAGCUUUGGGAGACGAUGAACGGUGUUUGACGUACUUUUGGAUGUUCAAGAGAUGUAUUUAGAUGUUUUGAUGUGUGG